UCAUUGUAAAGUGGAUUUGCAUAAUAUAGAUGUCAGCUUUGUGUGUUUUUAUGUUAAUUUAUUAUUUGUAGAUGAGGACAUUGUUAUGAGUAGCAUGGGAUAUUCAACUUGGCUGACCCUGAAAAUAUUUCCAUAUCCCCUAUUUCCUGCCACAAUACACUUCCCUGAUUGGUUGCUGUAAGCAGGCAUUAAACUAUAAGUGUCUGUCCAACGCUCACAGAGCUGACCACUCCUGCUGUAGUCUGCAAGGCUGGUGUCUUAAACUAAUAACCGAUUCUGUUCUCACUCUAGUGCUCACAGUAAAUCUUCACAAGUUGCGUUGGGGCUUUUGUUACCUGCAGCGGUUUGUUUUUAUUGUAUUUACAGGCUUCUGAUCGCUGUAGAGUUAGAGAGAGUUGCGUGGUAUCGCUGCUUAUCCAUGGGGCUCUUCAAAUUGCCGCUGUUUCUGAGCAUUUCCACGACACUUUUAUGUGCCGUUGUUGUGAGGACAGCAGUGUGCUUCUCAGCAGAGGAUUGCAGUGGGAUUCCACCAAAAAAAUGGUCCGAGGAGCCGCCACACUCAUGCCUUGAAAUCAAACAGAAGACAAAAACAGAGAGAGAUGGGCUAUACUCGCUGCAAACGAAGAGCGGGCAGUCCUACCAGGCGUUCUGCGAUAUGAACACCAACGGAGGAGGCUGGACCCUGGUCGCCAGCGUCCACGAGAACAACAUCGCGGCCAAGUGUACCACGGGAGACCGCUGGACCAGUCAGCAGGGCAGCAAUUCUGCAGUUCCAUUCAUAGACGGGGAUAAAAACUGGGCCAACCUCAACACAUUUGGUGUGCCCGAGUCGGCGACUGAUGACGACUACAAGAACCCGGGAUAUUACGAUCUGGAGGCAAAUGACAUAGCAGUGUGGCAUGUUCCUAACGGGACUCCUUUACCUGCGUGGAAGACAUCAUCGCUCUUUCGCUACCACACGGAGUCGAAGUUUCUGGCUGCCUUUGGAGGAAGCUUUUAUUCCUUUUUCAAGAAUUUCUUCCCAUUAACGUACAAUUCCGGAAGCUGUCCCACCAAUAACGGGCCUGCCUACCCCAUUGUUUAUGACUAUGGAAGUGACGCAGUCGUCAAUUCUCUCAGCUGCCCUAACUGUUUGAGCGGAACGACAUCAGGGUUUGUACAAUUCAGAGUGUUUAACAACGAGAGAGCCCCAUUUGCCAUCUGCUCUGGGUUGAAGGUCGUCUCCAACUGUGACACUGAACAUUUCUGUGUAGGCGGAGGCGGUUACGUGCCUCAGGAAUCCCCGAAGGAAUGCGGUGACUUUGGUGCCUUCGACUGGAACGGCUAUGGGACAGGUGUGGAAUGGAGCGCAUCAAAGAAGCUGCUGGAAUCCGCCAUCCUCAUCUACUACCGUUAAUCUGCCACCUGAAAAGCGCCCCGUGAGCAACUAAAGUGAAUUUAUUUACAAAAAAUUGACAGACAUAAGGUUAGUGCUAGGGUAGGAGCAGGGGACCUCACUGACUGGCGGGCCGAAUGUUGCUUACGACUCAAUUUCAUACGGCCCACAGUCGGAAGACCCAAACAAUAUGUAUCCAUUACUGACAGCAUCUUUGCUGCACUAAUCGGCGCAUGAGAAUGAAAUAUUUUCUUUUUACAGAUAUGUUUCGUAUAUUUAGAGUGCCCAGUUACUUUCCUCAAUGUAAGGGCCUCAUUUUGCUCUAUCGACACGCACAUUAAUUUUUCAGUCAUUAUUAUAAAAUGCUAAGGUUUAUGUUAAUGUGUGGUCUGCCAGAGAUGAUUUAAAGUCCUAUUCGAUCGUCCAUAAAGAACGUAUACCCCAUCCCUUAUACUCCGGAUUGGUCAUCCAGUUAUGGUCAGGAUGAGUAGAUUGUCCUCUCUUCUAACAAUUUGUAUCCACCCCAACCCAGACCCAUAGUCAUUAUUGCCGAGUCUGGCAUUUUCACUUGUUGUUCACUUUUCACUUUGUGUUUUAAAGAAUUACCAAAUAAUAAUAAAUAGCCGAGGCAAUUGAAUAUUUUAUUUCUGGGACACUAUUUUUUUCCAGGGUGCACUUCACUCCGCGACUGGGGUACCAAUCAAUCCGAAAUCAAUGCUUCUCCGCAAUGUCGAAACGCUAAACAUCAGCAUAAAAAAUCCUUAUCGAAAUUUUUUACUUUGAAUAGUGCAUCGUGUCAGCUCGUCGAGAUGAGUCGAUUGCCGCAUCGCCGACCAUCAACAUGCUAAAAGUGACUGCUUCACGGACAUUAUGCGAGAGCCGGGGUGCUAUGGUACCCCGGGGUACCGCCAUAAGGUUCAUUUUAAGAACACUACUUUCAGCGGUUUCAGAUCUCCCACAAAAAUAAAAAACAAAUCCCAAAUUUGGCCCACAAAGGGGGCGAAGGGGGUCAGUGGUGUAGCCAUCGAUUCUGCAGGAAGUGCAACUGCACCAGGGCCCACACAGGAGAGGAUCGCUCAGGCGGCAGGUCAUGAAGAGGGGAGGAACUGGACAGGGUGCCCCAUUUCAUUACCUGGGCCCAGUGCCCAGGUAAUGAAAUGUUGCCCACACGAUCCAGCUGUGAUGACAAGGUUACGUCAAUGCUCUCUCUCCCCUUGUCAUUCGGGGGGGGGGGGGGGGUGAUAUGGCUUAGCGGUAGCACGCUCUCCACCUCAUUCAGAUGUCCACGGUUCGAAUGCAGCGGCCACCCCUGAUUAAUACUGAGGGUGAGAUAAUUAUAAGAAUCAUCAUAUGCGCCAUCAGCUUUGGAGUGGACGUUCCAGAUCCCCUUACAUCAUCAUUCACAAGACUAGGCCAUUGGGUGCCAGUUUUAAGAUCCACAUUUUCUUAUCAUGAAACUAAUCUGCAACUUACUCCAUUGGGAUUAAACGUAAGCAAUCGGCCCCAAACUGGCAGACUAAUGCCCGUUUGCAGGCCAGGUACCGGGUCAGCUUGUGCCAACAGGGCCAGCUGCUACUGGGGCUGCCCUGUCGAAUGUGUUGAGAUGAGAUGUGACGUGAAAGGAGGGCGCUAUUAUAAACAAAAACAAAUUAAUCCUACAAUUACUCUACAUUCACUUGUUCUACUCUAUAUUCACAUGUUGUACUUAAGAGCAGAGAUCCUUGCAUAUUCCUACAAUACCCUUAUAUCUCAAGUAACACUUUUAUCUCACGUUACAGUCCAACUGAUAUAUUCGUUACAUUAUACAUGCUGCACUAUUUCUUUAAUUAAUUUGCCAUGUCUACAUAUUUGAAUGCCUCAAUAGUAUGCCCCGUACAGCAUUGGUCAACUUAUUCCUGGCCUUAGCCCAGUAUCUGUGAAUCCCUUAAGGUCACUGCUCUUGACGAAUUUUCAGGAGGGUGGUGGGGGGGUAUCACUUUCGCUGAUAAGACAUCGUCAGUGUAAGGGUGCCGCCACACAUUUGAAACCAUUGGGGGGUUUGACAGCAGCACGAUCAUGAUGAUGGGGAAGGGGGGGUUCACAUUCUUGUACUGUGGUGGGGGCCGCACGUCAGGGGCCGCACUAAAGGCCACCAGGGGCCACCGGUUGGCCCCGCGUGGGCCUUGCAAUGAAGAGCCACUUGCCGACAGAGAGAGGCAGCAGACGUCCUCCUGUGGUUAGAUUGAGGAGGUGCUACUCUGCCUCAAAAGAGUCGAACUAAUCCUCUCCAGGUAAAUAGGCCUGACAAGCCUUGGCAAUUGACCUCGUGGUUAGUUAGCCAAUCGAAAUCCAGCACCGUUUCUGUUAAUGGCCACGUGCUUCCUCACUUCAAAGUUCAUCGAAAAUCCACGUUUAUUUUUGCUUUGAAGACAGACAAAACUUGAUGAAAAUUUUUUGUUCAAUGAUAGAAAAAAAAACAGUUACCGCUUUCUGUCAGAAGAGGGAGAUACGUCCCCUUAACUGUUGAAUCCUCAUCCGCACUUUGCUUUUAAUCAGCUCAACAAUCCACGUGGAAGAUUGAAAACCCCCUUUAGCUAAACCUGCACCGUAUUCUGCCAAACUGCGUAAUGCAUACCUGUCAACCCUUUAUCAGCGCCCAGCUUAUUACAGACCAAUUCAGACCUUUUUGGUCACCCCGUGCCCUUAUAAUUCUCAAAGUUCAUCCUACAAAGUCCCAUCACAAGGGAGAAACACAAAGUAAAAAAAAAUGGAUUUUUUCGCCCGUUUUGAAGCGACUGUACGCCGUAUGGACCUGAAAACUCAAUUUUCCUGAUCAAAAGAAUUCGGGGUAAAACCGCGUGGGUUGACACGGUACGGUCAUGGGAAAACCCCACCGUGUCUAGCAUGUGUAGAGGUGUUAACUAUGCGCUGUUGCGUAACCUGCGUUGCCACCAGGGCAGUGCAGCAUUACCUCUGGGUACAACGGUUGGGGUCAGUCGAGGUGAAACGGAUCGUGGCCAGGGUUUGGUGCGAACCAAUCAGACGGUUCCACGUGGGAAU